UGGCGAGAGGGCAGUGAGCGGGUUAGCUGUGUCUCCGCUAGAAAUACUUGCGUGAGGCAGGAAGCAGGCAUGGGAGGAAGGAAAUUAAGUGGAGACAUCUGUGCGGCUUAGCUUGCAGCAGCUCUGCCUGGGCUGGGAGUGGGAGACUCAUGCCUAAGAUGACAUAACGUCAUUUUGUCUUUUUUUUCGUGAGCUGGAAACAAGAGGAAAGCUGUGAAAGCGAAGCAUGGUCUGUGUCACGCAUGGUCCGGGCGUACCGAGUACAUAAUGGAGCAGUGUCAGGGCUUUCUGCUCUGCUUUUCACGCCCCAAAAUAAGUCUUCAAGACAGAGAACUGAGGAGAAUGUGAUAUGGUCCAAAAACUGAUCUUGGACUUUUUUCGCAGACGACUGAGCCAGAGGCCGACUGCUGAAGAAUUGGAGCAGAGGAACAUACUGAAACCCCGGAAUGAGCAAGAGGAGCAGGAGGAAAAACGAGAGAUAAAGAGAAGAUUAACGCGUAAGCUGAGCCAAAGGCCCACGGUAGAAGAGCUGCGUGAGAGGAAGAUCCUCAUCCGCUUCAGCGACUACGUGGAAGUGGCCGACGCGCAGGACUACGACAGGAGGGCGGACAAACCCUGGACACGGCUCACAGCCGCCGACAAA